GGUAUGAAAAAGCCAUUUUUCCAGAGACAAAACAAAGCAACAUCUUUCACUAAAAAUCCCCUGCAUCAAUAGUAUCUUAAUUCCGUCUCUAAUGGCUGAAGAGAAGAUCGUGAAGAAGACUCCGGCGGAGAAGAAGCCACAAAAACCAAAAACCGCCACUCAUCCUCCAUACUUUCAGAUGAUAAAAGAAGCUUUGAUGGCUCUUAAAGAGAAGAACGGAUCAAGCCCUUACGUUAUAGCUAAGAAGAUAGAGGAGAAACACAAGCCUUCACUUCCAGAGAAUUUUCGUAAAACACUUUCUCUACAGCUUAAAAACUCUGUCGCUAAAGGUAAGCUCGUGAAGAUCAGAGCCUCUUACAAGCUCGUAGAGACCACCAAGAUGACAACAAGGCAGCAGGACAAGGAGAAGAAGGAUUUGAAGAAAGAGGAAAGAGAGAAGAAGAAGACGAGUAGGACUAGGUCUUCUUCGACAAGGUCCAAGAAAACUAUGUCUGUGAACAAACAAGAAAAGAAGAGAAAAGCGAAGAAGGUGAGACAGCCUAAGUCCAUCAAAUCUUCAGCUGGUAAGAAGAAGGUCAUGAAAGCUUCCGCUGCUUGAUCAGUUGAUCACUUAGAAGAAGAAGAAGAAACUCCGUGAAUUUGAAGAAUAAUGUUUUGUCUUUUUUUUUUGUUUUCUUUUGUCUCUGUAAAAAUGGCCGACUCUGUUUCUGGUUCGGUGUAGUCUCUUUUGGGUUUUGAGGUGUGAAAGACUAAAGAGUCUUCUGAUGUAAAACUAGUACUACUACUAUGUAAUAUACUCGCAAAUAGUUUUGGUUGGAUUGAGAGCUAA